AUCAAAUAUGCUGUUUUCACGGACCUUUAUGUCAUUUUUCCAAGUUCACUAAUAGGAAGCUCUAAAACUUCUCGCGAAUCGAUAAAAGCCUAUCACAAAUCUUGAAUAAAUAUUACCUCACGUUCUUCACAACAUUAUAAAUAAGCAAAUUUAAAGUUAAUUUCUUUUUCAAUACUCAUCAAGACUAAAUAUCUAAAAGUAAAACAAUAAUAUUUGAUAAAAAAAUAUGAAUCAUCGUUGAUUUAUUGACAUACCGUUAAUAAUUACAGUUGUAUGAAAAUUCACUGUUACUCGCGUCUUUUGUCUUUAACAGUUUUAUUAGAAAUUUUAAAGAGAAGCAAAAUUUUCCACACGUGAAUAUAACAACUUUGGCAGAUUUUAUACUUUUCGCUUUAAGAUUAAUUUUACCGACGAAAUGUAAUCAUAAAACUGAAUUAUCGAUAGUGAACAAUUUGGACUGAUCGUGAGAUACUUCAGCGCUAUCUAUGCAAAGUUAACAACGAGUUUCAAUCAUAGUAAUACAUAAUAUUGCCUUCAAUUUAAUUAUUUUUAAUUGAUUAAAUUUAUUUUUGUAUAUAUAUAUAGUUAUAUAUUUAAAAUUAUUUAAUAUAUGUAUAUACAUAUAUGUCUGUUCGUAUAUUUACCUUUAAAUUAGUUUUAGAAUCAUGUGCUACUUUUUUUAGCAUGAAUUGAAUUUAAUAUGAUAAAUUAUCUAGUCAAGAUCAAUAAGGUUGAAUUUUAUAAAAAUAAUUUUAAUACUACUUGAUUUUUAACUAUCUCUCAAAGUAAAAUAAAUUUAUAAAAAUAUUAUUACUUCGCGCAUAUGUAAAAAUUUAUCGAGUGACAAAUAGUGUUUACAUUGUAAUGCAAGAAACGUGACUGAAUAAUAGGUUAUAUUUUAGAAAUAUUAUAAGAAAGUAUACUACAUAUAUGAUGACUGAAAUUGACAAAAAUAACCUCAAGGGUUUCAAAUCAUUAUGGAUUCAUUUCAAUGAAAAGAACUUAGAUAGACAUCAAUUGUUUUUCAAAAAGCAUUGGAUAAAAAAACAAGAACCCGAUUAUCCAAGAGGUAGAACUUUAUUUGUUUUAAAUGUACCACCUUAUGCUUCGACAGACUCAUUAAAGAAUGCAUUUACAAGAAUUUGCGGUGAAGUAACAUCCGUUGUAUUUACAAAACUAGUUGGAUUUAGAACAGCUUAUAUAGUAUUUAAUAAUGAAUCUAGUUUAGAAAAAGCAUUGAAAUUAUCAAACGAUUAUGUGAUAUGUUUAAACACAGAAGAAGAAACAUAUUUAACAGGUUUAGCAAAAUGGUGUAACGAAUACAAUGAUUCUAUACGAUCAGAAGAUGACAUAAAAAAAGAAAUAAAUAAAUAUAUGUCUAUGUAUGAUCAGCAAAUUGCAGAUCGUAUUGCAAAACAGAAAGCUGAAAAAGAUAUGGAAGAAGAUGGAUGGGUGACAAUUACAAGCAGGAAGAAAAGAGGUCAAUUUGCACCUAGUAGAAAGGAAUCUACUAUAAACAAGAUACAAAAUAAAGAAGAACAAAAAAAUCAGAAGAAACAAUUGCUUAAUUUUUAUACAUUCCAAAUUCGUGAAUCGAAAAAACAGCAUUUGGCAGAAUUACGAAAAAAAUUUGAAUUAGAUAAGAAAAAAUUACAGGAACUUAAAAAGAAACGAACUUUUAAGCCAUUUUGA